AUGGAGGUUACGGGGAAAGAAGAGGCGGCAAAGCUGGCCGACAGUGUGCGGUCCGUUGUUGGUGAAAUGGCCAGGGUAUCAAGACCCAGCAGAAAAACGCCCGUCCUCAUUUUGGGUAUCCCUGACUGGUUAGAGGAAGAAGAGGUACGGAAGGAGAUCGUCGAGGCCGAACGCGAACUGGCAUCGGUUGAAAUCUCGAUAAGACAAAACGACGGUGGCGGUAGAAUCGCAAGCUUUGCCGCACCAAUGGAGACUGCAGUCAGACUCGCAGAGCGACGCUCUAUUCGCAUUGGAUGGGGGCUAUGUAGAGUUAAACUAAUUGAGCGAAGACAUCCAGUGUGCUUCCGAUGCCAAGAACGCGGCCACCUAGCGAUGAAAUGUAGGGCACAAGAAGUCGCGAAAAAGUGUUUCAGAUGUCGGCAAACGGGACAUUUAGCUGCCACAUGUCCCGGGCCUCCAUUUACAGGGCGCAAGGACAGCGAGCUAGAGGGUGGUGGACAGAACGAGUCCACAAGGCCCAGCCCAAAUGAUUAG